AUGGAGCAAAUAUUACUUUUCAUUUUGUUUGCAUUAACUACAGGCUCUUUUAUGUAUAUGUUAGUUUGCACAGAUUCUAAUUCCAAAAGUCUAAUGGGAAUGAUUAGAAGAAAACUAUAUACUAAUGGUCCUUCUAUUUUAAAGUAUAAUAUAUUUUGACUAAUUAAAAAGAUAAUUAUUUGGGAAUAAGAUAUUCAAAAAGUGUUCAGACUUAUACAAUUAUGUUUUCUACACAAAUAAUCGAUUAGGAUAAAUGGCAUAUUUUUUUAUAUUUUGGAUGGCAUUUGCAUUUUAUGUUAAAUUUGGAUUACUAAAACAUUUUGGAGAUACACCUUAUGUAAGUCAUAUACAUUCAGUAUGUGGAAGUUUAAUAUUUUUAUGUUGCAAUUAUUUUUUUUAUAAAACAUGCACAAUUAGUCCAGGAAUAGUAAAUAAAGAAAAUAAUAAUGAAUAUGUGAAGUAAUAUUAGAAAUACUAUGAUGAAGUAUAAUAUAAAUAAAAUACUACAUGCACAACAUGUAAUAUUAUCAAGCCUGCAAGAAGUAAACAUUGUCGUAUUUGUAAUGUAUGUGUAAGCAAAUUUGACCAUCAUUGUAUUUGGGUUAGAUAAUGCAUUGGGUAGAAUAAUUAUAAGUACUUUCUACUAUUUUUAUUUUCUCAUUUAUUCUUAAGUCUUUAUGGAGUAAUUGCUGGAUUUCUUUGUUUGUUUGGAAUAGCUGAGAAGUAAUCAUUAUUUAAAUUAACAUAUAAAAAUGCUGUAACAGGAGAAAUCUCUUAGGCAACAUUUUUAAGAGUAUUUUUAGUAAUAAGCAAUAGAGAAACAUUUUUUGUAUUCAUAAUUUUUGUGUGCCUUAUUUUUUUUAUCUCUCUAACUGCAUUUUUCUUAUAUCAUUUAAAUAUGAUUAGAAAAGAUCUAACAACUAAUGAAAGGAUUAGAAAGAAUGAUUUUGAAAAAUCGUUUCUCCAUGAAAUGUAUCAAUUACAAAAAUAAGAAAUAAGAAAAAAAGAUGAAAAUUCAUCAAAGCGACUUGCUUAAUUGAAAUUGUGUUGGAAUUCUUUAAAUAAAAGAAGAGUCUAAGGAAUUUUCGAAGGAUUUAAAAUUGUAUUUAGUUAACCUAAUUGA